AUGCAAAGCAGAAAGAUAAGGCACCUAUCUACAGUACAAAGACCUUUCGCCCUUAAUAUUACUAAAGCUUAUCGCACGACAUCAUCAUCCGCAUUAAACGCAGUAGCAGGAUUGCUUCCUCUACACAUACGUAUCGAAGAAGAAGCCGCACGGCAGCUCGUCAAACAACUGAAACGUCCAGUAACCUUUGACGACGAGCUUUUUCUACAAGAGGAUUUCGAACCACAGGCCACACACCUGCACAUUCAUCCUAGCACGAAGGGCAGAGGCGUCCGAAUCAAGGGUAUCACUACGGUAUUGGAACAGCCGUCAGAUAUCACAGUGUACACUGACGGCUCUAAAAUUGACAACAAAAUGGGCAGUGCCUUCGCUGCCUUGUCUCCACCAAUAAUAAUACACAAAUGGCAAGGAGCCCUUAGGGACUUUAAUAGUGUUUUCCAAAGUGAAGCUAUAGCUAUGGAACAGGCCAUACAAUAUCUACAACAAAAACAAAUUAGGGAAGCAACCAUUAAGACAGACAGUCUAUCCGUUUUACACGCCAUUAAUAAUGCGGAACAUUCAUCACCCACCAUAGCAUCCAUACAACAAAGAUUGCGAGAGAACAAUGGACAGUCCUACAUGCUGGAAUGGACUAAGGCACACGUAGGAGAUUACGGAAAUGAGAUGGCAGACAGUCUAGCUAAGGACGCGGCUCUAGGUGGAACUUAA